GUUGGGGCGCGCCCGGAAACCCAAAGGCCGAGACGGCUCUCAGAUCCGGCGCCUGCAGAUAAAUGGCCGUAGGCCGCUGGCGGCGCGAUGUCGCGUUUAGCUGUGGGCGUAGGUGUGCGUCCGACAGUGUGUCGGUCCCAGUGUCGAGGUUCUUUCUGCGUCGCUACCCGGAGCCGACUACGAAGGAGGACACCUGCGUCUCUGUCUCCUCCAUCUGUUUCUCACCGCAGCUGCCUGGGUCCCGCACGAGAGCCAGGUGAUACUUACCUCUGCGCUCUGCGUUUUGAGCACUGUUCUGGUAAUGGAGUUUCCUGAUUUGGGGAAGCAUUGUUCAGAAAAAACUUGCAAGCAGCUAGAUUUUCUUCCAGUAAAAUGUGAUGCGUGUAAACAAGAUUUCUGUAAAGAUCAUUUUACAUACGCUGCACAUAAGUGUCCGUUUGCAUUCCAGAAGGAUGUUCAGGUCCCAGUAUGCCCACUCUGUAAUACCCCCAUCCCAGUAAAAAAGGGCCAGAUACCAGACGUGGUGGUUAGCGAUCACAUUGACAGAGACUGUGACUCUCACCCUGGGAAGAAAGAGAAGAUCUUUACUUACCGUUGCUCAAAAGAGGGCUGCAAGAAGAAAGAGAUGCUGCAGAUGGCAUGUGCCCAGUGUCACAGCAACUUCUGUAUCCAGCACAGACACCCUUUGGACCACAGCUGCAGACACGGGAGUCGCCCUACUGUCAAAGCUGGGUGUUCACCCAUGACAGCCUCUGAAUCCAAGCCGCCGGGAGAUUUCCUUGCCCUGGCUCCUGGAGGGCUGGCCCAACGACUCAGGUACUGGUUCACCCAGCUCAUGUGAACGCAGUUAGGUCUGCGUGGGGUGCUGCAGCUCUUCCGUGGUGACCAUGGAAAGGCUGCGUCUAACUACAGUGUGACACGAUGCUCCAGUGGUGUGACUUCGUCAGGGUGGAUGAAGGACACAGGACUGGGGCCCCAAGUUACAAAAGCAGCUCACUCCACAAGCUCUCAGCAGCAGCAGCAUCGUAGAGCUGGUUUCUGAAACACCUUUCUGCCCUCCAAGAUCUUCAGACCAACACUGCUGCAUCAUCCAAGACAAACCUGAAGAGAGCUGUUCUUUGUUCUCUGUGGUGGGAAGUAGAGUGAUUAGAUCCUUCCCAUCCGCGCUGCUGUGUGGGUUGUUUCUACUCAGGUAACUUCCGCACUCGGGUACCCUCGUACUUCUAAUGGCAGAUAGCCUGAAACCUUGAAACUUUCCCAUUGAAACACAUACAUUAGGCUGGGCAUGGUGCCUCACACCUGUAAUCCCAGCACUUUGGGAGGGCAAGGUGGGUGGAUCACCUAAGGUCAGGAGUUCAAAACCAGCAAACGCCAGACGGCUCACUUGUGCGCUCUUCACCAUGUUGCCUAUUUAACGAUGUGGCUCUCUGGCCGAGAAGGGGGGGACGGACAUCCACCUACCUGGCUGAGGGUUCUUGUCCAGCGGUGGCCGUAGGCACUACUCAUUCCCUGAGGCACAGCUGUGCCUGUUCCUGACCUCCAAGGGGCUGGGACUCGCUGUGUGAGAGAAGGUGUGUCUUCCUGGACCAAUUGUCCCUGCCACAGCCAACUUCUUAAAACAGGCACAGUUCAGCCAGGCACAGUGGCUCACGCCUGUAAUCCCAGCAUUUCGGGAGGUGGAGGCAGGCGGAUCACCUGAGGUCAGGAGUUGGAGACCAGCCUGGUCAACAUGGUGAAACCCCAUCUCUACUAAAACAAAAAUUAGCCAGGUGUGGUGGCACACACUUGUAAUGCCAGCUACUCAGGAGGCUGUGGCAGGAGAAUCACUUGAACCUGGGAGGCGGAGGUUGCAGCGAGCCGAGAUUGGGCCACUGCACUGCAGCCUGGGAGACAGAGUAAGACUCAAUCUCCAAAAAAAAAAGCACAGUUGUCAGCAGCCAGCCAGCCUGAGGAUAGCUGCUUUGCACCUGGAUGUGAUUUCAGCACCAACAAAGUUGCAAAAUGCCACCUGUUGAAGAUGGCUCUGUCCAGUGACGAAGCAGUGGAAACUUCCAGAAGUGACUUAAACCGACAAUGGCAGGAUAGGGCUUCCUCAAGUACUGGAGAUUACAGGAGACUGGGUUUUAUAGGAUUGAAGAGCAGAAAGCCAAAAUAAUGCGGGGGAGGGGAGGGAGGCUGGAGUGUGAGGUCCACAGUCCUUCGUAGCUUAGAUGACAGAUGCACCCUUUGUGGCCUGACACUCUCCAUCACUGUCUGAUUUUGUGAAACGAUGAACACGGGUAACAUAAAUACUGGUCUUAGGUUUAUACUGACAGCCACUAUGCGCAUCGAGGGUGCAGUGAUUUCCUGGGAACUUAGAGGGUGCUGGAAUAAGGUGAAACAAAAUGCCCCCGAGUUCCGUCCUGAUCUGAACUGCCCUGGCCAUCCAGAUGUGCCCACCAGGCAUCCCACUGAGACAGUUCACAAAAACAGGAGCCACUGCAUUUUUUUUUUGGUUUCACCGUCUAGAAAUGUAACAGGAAGGGUUUGUAUUGUUUCCAUUUAUAAAAAGGUGAUCAUACCUGCAGUCGGGCAAACAAUGUUUCUGUCAAUGACAGACCAUGCGAUGAUGCUGUAUUUUCACUAUAAUUUUUUUUUUCAAUCUGUCACAAACUUGUUUGCUUUUAUUACUUUUAAUUGACAUAAUUGUACAUAUUGAUGGGUUACAUUGUGGUAUUUGGAGGAGUUUGAGACCAGCCUGGGCAACAUGGUGAAACCCUGUCCCCCCUAAAAAUAUAAACAGCCAGUCGUGGUGGUGGGCACCUGUAAUCCCAGCUACUUGGGAGGCUGAGGCAGGAAGAUUGCUUGGACCCGGGAGGCAGAGGUUGCAGGGAGCCAAGAACGCAUCACUCUACUCUAGCCUGGGUGACGGAGCAAGACUCCAUCUCAAAAAAAAAAAAAGGUAAAAAGCUGGUCACCCUUCAGUCCCACAGAACGCUGGGAUAUAAUCCUCCCAGCAGGCUGGACCACACCAGGCCUAGGUUUAGAAGCACAAACACGCAGCGCCGUGCCACAGUGGCCCACAGCAUUCAGCGCACUCACAUUCUGCACACGUUUGUUGCCUGGGAGCCACAGACUACACCCUACAGCCUAGGUGUGGAGGAGGCCGGACCAUCGGACCAUCGAACUGUCAGUCACUCUAGGGUGUUUGCACAAUGCAAUCACCUGACCACGCACAUCCCUGACACUAGGUGACAUGUGACUGUUUCUGUGCUUAUUUCAUGGGGUCUGUCCUAGGCUGGUGGUUCCCAAGCCCUAGCCUGUGUCAAAACACAGGGCUCCUUUCGGGAGGGUGCUGGACCCCACCCCGAGGCCCUGAUUCUGUGGUCUGAGGUGGACUCAGGUUUACACCUGGAGCUGCCUGGGUGACACGUCUGGUCUGGGACUGCGCUUGGACAAGCCGCUUCCCUGCGUCUCCAGCACUGCCGGCCCUGUGUGCUGUGGAGCAGUGAAAGUGCAGACAGCACAGUGUUCAGUGUGGUUAAGUUUAAAAACCACUAACUUGGUUCAGUCAGUGGAAAACUUUGGUAUGUUAGGAACCUGGGUAUGUGAACUGAAUUUGCAGAUGAGGUGUUCUAAUGAAAAAAUGUUUUUAAUUUUUAAAGUCUUAAGAAACAAUGUUCUGAUAAUUUAAUGUUCAAAUUGAGAUGUCUCCAGCCGGGCCCAGUGGCUUACGCCUGGAAUCCCAGCACCUUGGGAGGCUGAGGUGGGUGGAUUGCUUGAGCCCAGACAUUAGAGACAGGAUUGGGCAAUGUAGUUAGAUGAAGUAUCUCAAAAAAAUAAGUAGCCGGGCAUGA